AUGCACAGCACGCUCUUCCAGACCGUGCAGCGGAGACAAGCGUUCGAGCUGCGCCGGCAUGGCCCGGUCCCUGUGAGGAAGGGCGACAUGGAGGACCGGGGCCUCUACGCGAAGAGCUGCCCGGAGGCCGGGGCGGGGAGCGCGGCCGCCGUCGUGGUGGCCGGCGGGGGCGGGGGCUUCUGGGCCCACCACGCCGCCGCCGCCAACCCGGAGCUGGAGGCCAAGAUCCAGAGGGCCGUGGAGUUCAAGGCGGAGGGCAGCCGGUGCUACAAGCAGAAGAAAUUCCGCGAGGCCAUCGGCAAGUACCAUCGGGCGCUGCUGCAGCUGAAGGGGCUGGAACCGGCCGCUGACCGGGGGGCCGCCGUGGCCGCUGUGGCGGAGAAGAGCAUUCUGGGCAGGAGCGGCUGGCACUGCCUCUCCGAGGAGCAGCGGGCGCUGGUGGAGAGCACCGAAGUCGAGUGCUACAACAGCCUGACAGCCUGCCUGCUGCAGUCGGAGCUGGUGAACUACGAGCGGGUGCGGGAGUACUGCCUCAAGGUGCUCGCCCGGGAGAGGAGCAACUUCAAAGCCAUGUACCGGGCGGGCAUCGCCUUCUACCACCUGGGCGACUACGGCAACGCACUGCUCUACCUGAAAGAGGCCAAGAACCGCGAGCCCACAGACACCAACGUCCUGCGCUACAUUCAGCUCACAGAGAUCAAGAUCAGCCGCUGCAACCAGCGCGACAAGGAAGCGGGCAAGUAG